CAGAUAUGUGGGGCCGGAGUCAUCUCUUUGAUUCUUGAUUUUUUGUGCUGCGUAGUAUUGCUCUCCCAGGAGCUGCGUGCCUUUUGAGAUUCACGCCUGCUACCUCCUGACCGGGGACCCCAAGGAAAUAGAUUUGGUUUUGGGUAUUUCAUGCAUGGGGUUUGUAAGGAAGGAGAUAACUGUCGCUAUUCACAUGACCUCUCCGACAAUCCUUAUGGUGUAGUGUGCAAGUAUUUCCAGCGAGGGUACUGUGUGUAUGGAGACCGCUGCAGAUAUGAGCACAGCAAGCCAUUGAAACAGGAAGAAGUGGCUGCUACAGAUCUACCUGCAAAACCAUCCCUUGCUGCCGCCUCGAGCCUCUCCUCUGUCGCUGGAGCCCUCGUGGAGAUGAAUAUGGGCGAGGCUGAGUCCAGAAACGUGCACUUCCCCACCCUAGGUGCAGGGUCUGAGGACUGGGUGAACGCCAUCGAGUUCGUGCCUGGGCAGCCCUACUGUGGCCGCACUGCCCCUGCCUGUACAGAGGCCCCGGUGCAGGGCUCCAUGCCCAAGGUAGAGACUGAGAAGGAGCCAGCUGCGGUGGAGACCAAGAAGCAGCUCUGCCCCUAUGCUGCCGUGGGAGAGUGUCGCUACGGGGAGAACUGUGUGUACCUGCACGGUGAUGCCUGUGACAUGUGUGGGCUGCAGGUCUUGCACCCAGUGGAUACAGCCCAGAGAUCCCAGCAUAUAAAAUCUUGCAUCGAGGCCCACGAGAAGGACAUGGAGCUGUCGUUUGCCGUGCAGCGCAGCAAGGACAUGGUGUGUGGCAUCUGCAUGGAGGUGGUGUAUGAGAAAGCCAACCCCAGCGAGCGCCGCUUCGGCAUCCUCUCCAACUGCAACCACACCUACUGUCUCAAGUGUAUUCGCAAGUGGAGGAGUGCUAAGCAGUUUGAGAGCAAGAUCAUAAAGUCCUGCCCUGAAUGCCGGAUCACAUCUAACUUUGUCAUUCCAAGUGAGUACUGGGUGGAGGAGAAAGAAGAGAAGCAGAAACUCAUUCAGAAAUACAAGGAGGCAAUGAGCAACAAGGCGUGCAGGUAUUUUGAUGAAGGCCGUGGGAGCUGCCCAUUUGGAGGGAACUGUUUUUACAAGCAUGCGUACCCUGAUGGCCGUAGAGAGGAGCCACAGAGACAGAAAGUGGGAACAUCAAGCAGAUACCGGGCCCAACGGAGGAACCACUUCUGGGAGCUCAUUGAGGAAAGAGAGAACAGCAGCCCCUUUGACAACGACGAAGAGGAGGUUGUCACCUUUGAGCUGGGCGAGAUGUUGCUUAUGCUUUUGGCUGCAGGUGGGGACGACGAGCUGACUGACUCUGAGGACGAGUGGGACUUGUUUCAUGAUGAGCUGGAAGACUUUUAUGACUUGGACCUAUAGCAGCUUUGCGUGGCGCGGGAACGGCCUGCCGAGCCUCAGACAGUAGCUGUCCCCUGUGCCGUGUGGCAGUGGGUUGCUCUCCUAGUCAGGCCUCAACUCCAGGUGCUGUUGUGACCACUUACCAGGGCCUGCUGUCCACCCCACUUCCCCAAGAGUGCAUUUUCUGUUUCAAAAAGUUACAAAAAUAAAUCUUCAAGUUAGUUUUUUUUUUGUAACAUCUAUUUAACUGUCAGACAGUUAGCAUAGGUUUGUUGCGUCACCUAUUUUUAGCCUGGUUGUGUUUAUGGACUUUCCACACUCAUUUCGAGGCUCUCAGGUUCAAAUGGAAAAGCACUGGCCGUGCUUUGGGGUCCAAGAGUAGGGUGCCAGGUAAAGGGACCUGAGCUGGCAAGUAAGCAGCCUUCUGCUCCGGAUGUAGCAAUGGGUCCUUGGCUGCUGGAAGGCCCGACCGUCUGUGUUUGUGACUGUUCCUCCCCUGUGACCCCCGACCCCGUGCACUUGUCCUGUGGUUUUGGUCUCUUGUUUGAUUGCGCACACAUACUACUGGGCAGCUAGAACCAGGUGUGAGUGUGAGCUUAGCAGGAUAGGAACACUUGGGAAGGACACACAUGGAUUGGUGGCAUCCAUCGGUGCAGGGUUGGCUGUGGACACCCAGGAGCUGAGGACAUGGUGUGUGGGCAUGAACAGGCAUGCAAGAAGCUUCGACCACUGCCUAGAUGCGGUAUUCUUAGGGUUAGUGGACAGACUUGGUUUUGUGGUGUCGGCCCCAUGUGGCCCAUAGAUCUGGAAGGACAAAGCAGUGUACCAGUAGUUCAUUUAGCCGUGCUAGCUGUCAGUCUAGUUACCAGUGGGUUAGCCAGGGAGGUUAGUGACCAGGUUAUCCCCUCCAUCAACAACCACGGGCUUGGCUACACUGUUGGGUUUCGUGUUUUAUGGUCUCACUUUUCUGGUCCAGGCACUUUGGAACAAGCUUUGUCUUCAUUUGAGGGCUUCUGCAGUAGGGGUUGUUUGUUUUUGUGGGUGUUGCCUCUCCACUCCACCUGUGCAGGUGGACAGAUGUGUUGGAACUCUACACUCACUGCUCCCAAAGGUGUUUGUUGUAGCAGUGUAACUGGUUGGCAGCAAUAAGUCACACUACCACUAAGGAGAGGGUGAGGUGAUUCACAAGAUAAGCUAAGUUAACUUGUUAGAAGAAUUCUUCCAUGGGAAGUUUAUCUUUGCAUUUUGUCACUGUUUCCUGAAAAUGACUUGGGAGAUGCUCCUGAUUUGUCCAUUUACUGCUCUGAUUCCUCGGACCCCACGCAUUCUUUCACUUAAAAAAAAAAAGUUAAUUGUUGCAGAGGUCUCUGUAUUUUACAGCUGCCCUUUUGUAAGAAGCACUUUUCCCAAA